GAUGAUGAAGAGUGGCCUCUCUGGAGCCUUCCUCCUCCUCCUCCUCCUCCUCCUCUGCACUCCUGCAGAGUCUGGACUGAGAGAAGUGCUGAAGACACGAUAUGAUUAUUACAAAAACAAUCAUCGCAACUGGGAGGAAGCGCAAAGCCACUGCAGAGGCCAAUACAACCGUGAUUUGGCCAUCAUGUAUUCACAGGCGGAUACAGAGGGUCUGACCAUUGAUGAAUAUUUCUCGUGGAUCCGCCUGUUCAGAGAAUCUCAGAAUAACUGGCAAUGGGAGAACAAAGCUAGAUCCCCCUUCAGGCCUUGGGCACAGGAUGAACCUGACGAGAAUGAUGACUGUGGCUUUCUUACUAAUGCCGACACCUCAAGUUUUCACGCAACCGCCUGUGGCCUUUAUUAUUUCUUCAUCUGUCACGUAGCUCAUGACGGACAUUCCCAUUUUAAGUUUGAACUUAAGUCGAAGACGUGGCUGGAGGCCCAGAAGUACUGCAAGGACCUUACAAACGAUUACAGCGACACGUCAAAUUUACAGAAGGGCUCCGACCUGGACGAUAUUGAACUUCCAGAGGACUUUCCUGUAUGGACGGGACUGCACAGAGACGAGGGAGCAUGGAAGUGGACCAGAGGCUUGUCGGACUACAAAGGUUGGUCAGCCGCUGAGCCGGGAAACAACAAUGGCGACUGUGCCUCCAUCUCUUCUCUGAGUAAAAAGAUGUCCACCACAGACUGCAACCUCCGCUACCCCGUCCUCUGCUACUGGGACAACCUGGUCCUGGUGAACGAGAGCAAGACGUGGGAGGAGGCGCUGGAACACUGCAGAGCGCUCUGGAACCACGACCUGGUCAGCGUGCAGCCUGGAUCGGAGCAUAGCUACAUGAUGAAGAGGGUCAUAGAGGCCCACACUGACGAGGUGUGGACGGGCCUUCGAUUCCUGGCCGGUGAAUGGUUGUGGGUGAAUGGGGCAGAUUUGCAGUACACUGACCUGCCCGCCUGCCCCCUGGAGCAGCAGCACUGUGGAACCUUGUCCAAGCAAGGCGACGUCAAGAUCAGAAACUGUUCAGAGACAAGGAACUUCCUUUGUUACUUCUAGUAACGACCAUCAACACCAACAGAAUGUUCUGCUUCUCCCGCCUCUGUCCAACGACUCAGUUUGAGUUUUGGGUCUUUAGAUGCUCGAUGUUAAUCUACUUAUCCACUCAUCUUAUCUAAACUGCUUAUCUACUGAAGACUUAGCAGCGCUAACUCAAUCUGAUCUUCCAUCUCAGCUUUGUAAUUAACGAGUGAUUCUCUCAUAGAUCAUGUUCUGCUCAUUAAAACCAACAUAUAAGCUGUGAUUUAAACUGUUUGUGUAUCAUUACAUUAGAAAAACUUAAAAAAUAAAUAA